CUUUUACUGCAGAUGAAGUGGAUGGGUGUAGAUUCGCCGUAACCCUACCUAACGGCAACGGUAGAGGGCGACUCAAACAUUGUUUUGAUAAUGUCAAGCAAUGAGAAGUAGAAGAAGACAGAGAACGGAAGCGGUUCAUGGAAAACAUGGCGGCGCCCUAUGGCGACCAUCGACUUAUGGUGAUAACACCAUUUAGUUCAAAAACUGCUAUUCUACAGCAACUGUUGUAGCAUCUUCACGCACAGUUUAGAACACACGUAUCAACGUGAACUGCUGUGAAGAUGUGGCUGAGCAGUAGAGCUUCGACAGCUUCGGCAGGGGUGGCUCUGAAGCUGCGACAGCGGCAGAAGCAGCAGCGUCAGUUCUUUGGCUCCCUAAGGAAGUCCGGACCGCCGUGGAGGCUCCUGUUUUUCGGCUCAGAUCACUUCGCUUUGGAAUCAUUAAAGCUUCUUACAGCCAACAGCAGGAGCUCCAGUGAGAAGAUCGUGGAGUCUCUGGAGGUUGUCACUUUGUCCCCUAAAGUUCCGGUGACAACGUUUGCUCAGCAGAACCACCUCCUGGUCCACAGCUGGCCACCGGACCAUGUUGAUGGUCGGUUUGAUGUGGGAGUUGUUGUGUCCUUUGGCUGUUUACUUCCUGAGAGACUGAUCAACAAGUUUCCAUAUGGCAUUCUGAAUGUCCACCCCAGCCUGCUGCCCCGUUGGAGAGGCCCAGCACCCGUAUUCCACACCAUAUUACAUGGUGACACUGUCACGGGAGUGAGCAUCAUGCACAUCCGUCCUCACAGGUUUGAUGUUGGUCCCAUUCUUAACCAGGAGAUCCACAAAGUCCCUGACAAGUGUACUUCAGAGGAACUUGGAGCUGCCCUUGCAACAAAGGGAGCAAAGCUUCUGAUUGAUACUUUGGAGACUCUGCCUGAGAGAAUGGCACAAAAAAUAGAACAGAAGGAGACAAGUGCAACAUUUGCUCCUAAAAUCAGUGCAUCGUUGAGCUGGGUGUUGUGGGAGGAUCAGACCUGUUCACAUAUCGAUCGUCUGUACCGAGCUAUUGGAUCCCAGAUGCACUUGAAGACCAUGUGGAUGGGCAGGACCAUCAAACUGCUGGACUUUGUUGGAAAAUGUCACAUUUCCUUAUCAGAUCCCAGCAGGAUUCCUGUCUUUGGGUCGGUGACCUAUCAGAAAGAGUCCAACACUCUGGCUGUUCGAUGUCAGGAUGGCUGGGUGGGAUUUAAAGGAGUGCUUUUGAGAAAAAGACUGACGGCCGCUGACUUUUACAAUGGCUACCUGCAUCAGCAGAGGGCGCCACAUGAGGCAGGGGCAGCAGGACUGUUCAUCAGCAGGCUGCCAGCAGCUGCAGCUCCUCAUGUUAAAGGCAACUUGGCGUCGUCAUAACGACGCAGAGGAAGUCAUCUGAUGUAGCGUGUCUGUUUUAGGACACUUGUUCUGUGUUCAUUUGUAAUGAAGUCAUGAUGAGACUCAUAUGGACCAUUUGGACAGCGGCCUUGAUGAAUCCUAUUUUUAAAACAGCCCAGAACGCUGGAGUCUGAGUGCAGUUUCAGUGUUGCCCACAACAGACUUUCUAGAACUGCUGACUCAUCAAUAUGACAAAGAUUCAUGUUGAAUGAAUUGUUUGUGUAAAGCCAUACAGCUGUGUUUAGGAAUAUGACAGCUGUCAACUGUACCAUGAACCGUUAGUUAGCUUCACCUGUGGUUUUGUAAAGAGGAUCUAGGAAUACAUCAGGAUGGUGUUGAGAUAUCAAAAUCUCCUCUGAGCUUCUGCACAUGUUCAGUGGAAGAUGAAUGAUUUCCAGUCUCCCAUUGAGAGAUAUGACUGCUGGAUCCAAAACCAAAAUGUUUUUAUGUCAAUAGAUUUACUGCAUAAGUACAAUAUGCAAUAAAAAGCCUCAUGUGGACUACACUGCAUUUAUGAUUUCUUUAUAUAUAUGUAAUACUGAAUUUAAAAUUGUAAUCUGUUAAUUAAGAAAGACAUUCAACAAAUGUUUUUGAGACCCCAGCUGCACAUAGGAAAUAUUACUGUAUGUUUCAAUGAUGUCACAGCUAGAGACUAAAAAGGCUUGACAUACAAUCGGUAAUUUUUCAGAUACCAGAAAGUACAUAAAAAAAAGAAGUGGUGUCAAUGGUUUUAGGUGCAUUAAAACAUUUUAAAAUGUUGUGUUGUUUAUUUAAUUAAAAAAACUGUUGUUGAAACAGUUGAAAAGAACACAGUAUUAUUUGUACUGCUACUAAAUAAAUGGUACAAAUCAUUACAACC